UCUGCAACACUCAUCUGAACAACAAUAAACAGAUACGAUGAUGCUUUUCACAUCAGCCCUUCUCGGUCUCUUCGCUGCUUCAGCGCAUGCUCUUCCUUCGCCCAACUCACAAACACGCGAUACUGAACCCGUCAACGACUUCAGUUGCAGAUCCAACAAGAACCCAGUUAUCCUUCUCCACGGUCUUGCCGACAACAAGAAAGCAUUGAGUAGCCUGUACGUGUAUAUCAGCCCCAUUUCGCCACAUGAACAGUCUCAUAAGAGCGUGUCCGAAACUCUGCUCAAAACUCUUGCUGACUCCACGCCCUGAAAUCAGCCAAGCUCACCUCAACACUAAAGGCCUCUGCGCCUUCAGCAUGACUUAUGGCGCACAUAAACUCUUCCCUCUUGUCGGCGGCGUGAAAUCCAUGGCCGACUCCGCAAAAGAAAUCGCUUCCUUCAUCGACGAGGUCUCCAGUAAAACAGGUGCUCCUAAAGUUGAUAUCGUAGGCCACUCCGAGGGCGGCGUAAUGACCCUCUACGUGCCUCUUACACAGUCUGGUACAGCUAGUAAAAUAGAACGAACUGUCGCUCUCGGUCCAGCUGUCCACGGCGCAAAGUACUAUGGUCUCACUGAUCUCGUAUGGCUAGGCGGCGAUGUCACCGCGUCUAUGGUCGAAAAAGUUCUGCGAACGUUCGGUGCACCUGCUAUGGCAGAAAUGGCAACUGGGGGUGCUGUACACGAAACAUUCCAACAAGCGACAGGAAAGAUUGUACAGCCCGGAGUUAAAGCGAGUAUUGUGAUGAGUAGACACGAUAUUUUGGUGAAGCCAGAGACGAGUGUUGUGAAUGAAGAAGGGGUGAGGAAUUUAUAUGUCCAGGAUUAUUGCCCACAAGAUAGGGUGGGGCACUCAGGACUCGCAACAGAUAAGAGCGUGUGGGGUAUUGUUGAGAAUGAGUUGUUGGAAAAAUAUGAUGAGGAGGUCACAACCUGUGAGGCUGGUAAGCCUAUAUGA